UUCACUUGCUUUCUCCGCGGAGGCUCAAACUUCCAUUAAAUGUCUUUCUUUUUCGAUCCCUUCAUAAUUUUUGGAUCACCUUCGUGGCUGUUAACUUUAACAUCCGCGCUCAUCGUCCCAUUCCUUUUGUCGGAGCCAGCUGCUUCUGCCACCGGUGUAACCAGUGACACCUCCGACCUAUCCGCUCUCCUUUCCAUCAGGGCUCAUUUAAACCCUUUCACUUCCUUGUCCUCAUGGGACAGUCACAACUCCAGCAUCCCCUUCUGCCAGUGGCCGGGUGUGACAUGCGGUAGUAGCAACAACCCCGGAAGGGUGACCGCACUAAACCUAGCCAAUCUGGGCCUCACAGGCUCCGUAUCUUCCGACAUAGGCAACCUGACCUUCCUCCGGAGCCUCAACCUCUCCUUCAACAACCUGCAGGGCCAGCUUCCGCCGGAGCUCGGCCGUUUGUCACACUUAGAGUUGCUCGUUCUGAGCCAAAACGCUCUUGAAGGCAGAAUUCCUGUCACCCUCGCCAACUGCUCCAACCUGUGGCGUAUAAGCCUAGGUUCCAACAGACUCGCCGGGGAAGUCCCGGCAGAGAUUGGUGCACUUCCCAAGCUCCAAAUCCUUAGCCUCCAUGACAACGACCUCAGCGGGAGAAUCCCUGCUUCCCUGGGGAACCUCUCGUCGGUAACUCACAUCGAUCUCGUGGGAAACAGACUGGCAGGCACCAUACCACCGAGUCUAGGAAGACUCCAAAGCUUAGUGCACAUCUCUGUCACCAGGAACUCAUUGACAGGGGCGAUCCCCGUCUCCAUUCUUAACCUGUCGUCCCUCUCCUACUUGUACGUAGGGUAUAACCAACUCUCUGGAACACUGCCACCUGACAUGGGCAACACGCUUGUCAGUCUUGAAGUACUUCAAGCAUUUGGUAACAUUCUUGAAGGUCCACUUCCUAUCUCACUGCCAAAUGCUUCUAUGCUUAGAGAAAUUGUUCUGCCAUAUAACAGACUUACUGGACCUCUGCCUCCGGAUAUAGGAAAACUAAGAUAUCUAUCUUCGCUGAAUCUGCGUGCCAACGAAUUAGAAGCUAGGAAAGCUGAGGACUGGGAGUUCUUCACUUCCUUAGCCAACUGCAGCAAUCUGAAAACCCUGGACCUGGAAUAUAACAAGCUGGAGGGGCCAUUGCCGAGCACGAUAGUCAAUCUAUCGACACAACUUACAUGGCUUGGUUUGGGAGGAAACGAGGUACAUGGAAGUAUUCCCGAGGGGAUAGGGCGCUUCAUCCACCUCGAAAGACUUCACUUGGAUCAGAUGGCUCUCACAGGUCACGUCCCUGCAGCCGUCGGCAAGCUACGGAAUCUGCACGUCUUGUCCUUGGACGAUAAUCAAUUGUCGGGAGUUCUUCCAUCCGCUGUCGGCAACCUUACCCAGCUCGAAAACCUCUACUUGAACGGCAAUGGCUUGCAGGGAGAGAUUCCCAAGAGCUUCGGCAACCUGCGACAGUUGACUGUGUGUGAUUUAUCAUUCAACAAGCUCGAGGGCCGCAUUCCUGAAGAACUUACAGAGCUGACCUCUUUAACUCGAUACCUCAACUUGUCACGGAACUUGUUCACGGGGCCUCUGCCAGCAGGAGUUGGCAGCUUGAAGAAUCUUGAAGCCUUGGAUAUAUCAAAGAACAGACUAUCUGGGGAAAUUCCAAGCACCAUAGGAGAAUGCCAAGUCUUGCAGUACCUCUACCUGCAAGGAAACCACCUUGAAGGAGCAAUUCCAGACUCGCUCGGUAGUCUCACCGGCGUCCAAGUGUUAGAUCUCUCCUGCAACAACUUAUCAGGACACAUCCCGCUGUCCUUCGAGCGACUCGAACACGUCAGGUUCCUUAAUCUUUCAUUCAACGACCUCCAAGGCCAAGUGCCAAAUGAAGGGGUUUUCAGGAACGCCAAUGUUUACUUGGUCACCGGAAACAAUAAGCUGUGUGGAGGAAUCCAAGCGUUGCAUUUGCAGCCAUGCCCCGAUCACGCUCCGGGGAAGAAGGGCGGGUCUCCUGCAGUUAGGUCACUCGUCUCAAUUGUGAUUACGGUGACAAUAUUUGUAUUGUCUCUGGCUGCAGCUUCUUACCUGCUCCACAGGCAAAGAACAAGGAAGUGCAUGCCUGUAGUACCAUCUAAAAGACAGUAUCCAAUUGCUUCUUACAGCGAGAUAUACAGAGCAACUGAUGGAUUCUCCCCAUCCAAUAUCAUAGGCCGGGGAAGCUUUGGUCAAGUGUACAGGGGAACCAUGAGCUACGAUUCGAUCGACGUUGCUGUUAAGGUGUUCGAUACUCUACAAGUCGGGGCCUUUCAGAGCUUUAAAGCAGAAUGUGAAACUUUAGGAGCAAUCAGACAUCGAAAUGUCAACAAGAUCUUAACAGUCUGCUCUAGUGCAGAUCACAAUGGCGAUGCCUUCUUGGCUAUCGUUACUGCGUACAUGCCCAAUGGGAGUUUAAACGACUGGUUGCAUCCCGGAGCAGACAUGAAUGGUGAUGCAUCGAGCGCCUUAACUCUCCUCCAGAGACUGAACAUAGCAAUCGAUGUGGCUUCUGCUUUGGACUAUCUGCAUCACUAUAGCGGGACAACCAUUGUUCAUUGUGAUCUGAAGCCAAGCAAUGUGCUUCUUGACAAUGAUAUGGUUGCUCAUUUGUGUGACUUUGGAUCUGCAGAGUUGCUGAAAGAGACGACCUCCGGUGAUCUUGCUAAGGAGAUAAGUCGCAUCUCUCGGUUAAAAGGAUCCAUUGGAUAUGUCGCUCCAGAGUACGGCUUGGGCGGGACGGUCUCCACUAAAGUGGAUGUCUACAGUUAUGGAGUACUUAUGCUGGAGAUGUUCAGCGGAAGAAGACCCACAGAUUCCCAUUUUAAGGAUGGAGAAAACCUUCAUCGUUACGUGAAAAUGGCUUAUCCAGCACAGAUAUUUGAUAUAGUCGACCCAUCGUUGCUGUUGCAUGAAAAAGAUGCAAAGGCUAACGUGGAUAAGGGGAUCCAUAAAUGUCUGCUUUCGGUGAUCAAAGUUGGCCUCUCAUGCUCAAACGAAUCGGCGACUGCCAGAAUGGAGAUGGAAGACGUGAUCAAAACGUUGCAUGUUGCGAGGAGGAUACUUGUUGAAGGAACCCUAGCGGAGAAUAGGAGAGGAGCCGACAUGUAAAUAUUUGGUGACAGUAGCUAACGUGUAAAUAUGUGCAGUGUAAAUAACGUGUAAAUAUGUGGAAAGACUAUCCAUGCAUAAA